UAUAAAUGCAAUGUUCUGAUCUUUUCGAUCACACAUAAUUUGUAAGUUCGGUGGAUACAUAGAAGCUAGUAGACUAUACAAAUUACCAUCAGUUCUAUAUUGAUCAAUGGAAAGCAGCCUUCCCAGAUUCUUCAAGGUCUUGAUGCCUGGCUUUCGCUGUAGACUCGUACUUCCCCCAGCUAUAUCUCAGGAGCUAAUGCUUCGAAAAAGGGCUAAAAAAGCAACACUAAUCAGCAGAAAGGGGAGGUUCCUAGUGGAAAUCCGAAAAUGCAAAGAAGGGGGCAACUGCCUCUGUUUCAAGCGUGGAUGGGAUGAGUUUGUCGACCACCACCGCCUCGUUGCCGGAGACUUUCUGGUUUUCAAAGAUAUCGGCCGCCGCCGCCGGUUGCUUUUUAAGGUCAAUAUGUUCGAUCCUACUUGUUGCGAGAAAGAUUUUCAUGUCCAGACAGAAGCGAACAACCAUAUUGACGUAGAAGAACAACAUGGCCAAGGACGGAAUGAAGACGAUGAUGGAGCGCAAAUUCACAAACAUGAAAAACUGAAGAAAGCUAAAAAGAGAAAGAUAGAGGCCAAAGUGUUGAAUGUAUCUUCAGGGGAGCAGUUUCGCCAAUUUACAAUGACAAUGAAGCGCUACAAUAUAGCUUCAUUUGCGCGGCCAAUACUGUAUAUGCCUAAAGAAUAUUGUGUGGCAAAUGGAUUUUGUGAUAACACAAUAGUAUCUAUGAAGGGUCCAAACGGUGAACACCAAGUUACCUUCAAAGUUUAUAGUGGCGGUAGAGGUUUCCUUUACAAGGGUUGGCGUGAAUUCGCUACAAGCAACAAUCUAAAAAUAGGAGACAAAUGUAUUUUUAAACUUUGCAGUUCAAGGUGUAGUUCAGAUGACGUCAUUGUAUUGGACGUCGAGGUUCUUCGCGACACAACUUAAUUUGUGUCUAGAAAUUGUUUUUCAUUAGUAAGGAUACCAAUUGUUGCCUUGUUGGAACGAGACAUAUUAUUUUGUUGAUGCCAUCAUGCAGUUAUUAGUGUUGCAUUUGUUCU